GGAGAGGAGGAGGAGUGUGCCUGUCUCCGCUCACUUCUCCACUGCGAGGGGACUCCGAGAAUCAACAAUUCCCACAGACUGCACGCUACACACCUCAGCACGCUCACAAGCGCAACACACACAAGAGAAAACGAGGCAUUUUUUUUGGACUAACAUUUUGAUUUUUUUUCUUUUUCUUUUUUUUCUUCUUCUAAAGCCUCUCUCGCCAUUUUUGUUCCGUGCCAAAAGUGUCAAGACAGAUGCGGCCGUUUUCAUUGGAUUUGCCUCCUCCUGUCGAAUAAUAACGAUGCGGCUCUCCGGCUGACUGUGGGGUGGACAACGCAGGUCCCCAAUGUGAGAUCUGCAAAGCUGAGAAGGCGCCACUGACCGAACCACAGCCAGGCUUCAGGACAGACAUCCCAAACAUCCACAGCCACGGAAUGUGUCAACAUCUUUGUGGUGAAAUCCCGCUGACUCCUCGCUCGCUACUCACAUAAGCCUGGAGCUGGGCCUUCUGGGAUCCUACAGUCUUUAAAGGCAUAUAACAAUGCCUGGGAGGCCCACCCGCCCCAGAUUGCCUCCAACCAUGGUUGCAGUUUCACCACAGUGCUGACUGCCCACUACAGAAAGGAUUCAUAUCUGGUCAGUGCAUCCUUCGGCUCCCUCACUCUGGGCAAUUGCUUGCCUUCUUUUUGGUAUUUAGGAAGUGCUUGCCACUGUCAACCAGAUGACGUAGUGGACAUUUGUUUCCCAGUAGUAGUGCUGAACCAUACGAGGGGAUCCUAGUAUUGAACAUGACUCAUGGGGAGGAGCCUGGCCCUGAGACACACAAGGAUUCAGCUGUUCUAACUUAUCUGGAAGGUUUACUGAUGCAUCCAGUGGUAGCCGGGCCUGGGGCCACGGCAAGCGGGAGGUCUGAGGCUGCCCACAGCAACCAGGAGCAGGCUGACAAGGUGUGCGGGCCUUUCCAACUGCCCAACCAUGGCCCCACAGCACCUAAGGGUGGAACCAACGGGCCCACACUAGGUUCUUCGCAACACCUGAAGAAGGCCCGCCUACUGCGCUCUGGAGCCUGGAAUGAUCCAGGGAACCAGCGGAUGAGUUCCCCCCCAAUGGAACUGAAUGGCCAAGGGGGAGGCCUGCAAAAUGGAACACUAGAGGGAUCUCCUCACGCUGGGGAGAGUACUCUGUUGGCUUCCCUGCUUCAGUCAUUCAGCUCACGGCUUCAGAGUGUGGCGAUGUCUCAGCACUCUAAUAAACCCCCCAAUGAGUGUUCCUCCCCCUCCAAGGCACCACCUACGGACAAAGAGCCACUUCCUGUAUACGGGACAGCCUCAAGCCGUUUAAAGGGCCUAAUGAGGAAGAGCAAGCUCCAAAAUCAUAGCAACACACCUUACAGUCGCCGAGGACACAGUCAGGACAGACCCCCAGAAUCCCCUCGGUCAGCACACAGUGCCACGCCUCCCGCUGCCCCUGCUACAGCUGAAUCAGUGUCCUGUGCGGAGCGUCUGAAGGCGGUGGCCAACAUGGUGAAAAUCCGUUCUAGUCCAGCACCUUCACCUUCACCCAAGCCCAGUGUGGCCUGCAGUCAACUGGCCCUGCUGCUGUCCAGUGAAGCCCAUCUCCAGCAGUACUCCAGAGAGCAUGCACUCAAAGCCCAGCUCUCUGGGAGAUCUGCCAGCGAGAGACUGGCUGCCAUGGCAAACCAGCAGCAUGGUCCGGACAAAAGGCCACCUAGUGUGGGAGGGAGUCUUCCUGGAGCCACAGACACACUAAGCUCCUUAACAACCCAAAAUGGAAUGACAACAACAACCACAGUAACAACAACACUCCCUCGGACAGCCUUGUCCAGUCCACAGAGCCCCUCUCUGCUGCGUGGCCACAGCCAAAGCUCCCCUCCCACUCCCCCACAUGCUCCAAACCCCACUCACAGCCAAGCUCCUAGGGAGAAGCGAGGCGUUGACUCACGUCCAACCCGUCCCCCUCAGACAUGCAGCAGCUUGCUGCUGCUGCUACUCAACAACCACAACAACCAGAAGCAGUUGACCAAGAAUGGGCACCUGGAGGACAGCUGUGGCAUUCUGCCGCCGAGCGGCUCCUCUUCAGUCACGUCAGACAGCGAGUGCUCCAUCCAGGAGAGGAGUCUGGCCAAGGACAGCAGUGAUGCAGAGAGUUCCUACUGGAGUUGCUCCCCCAUUGAUCUCUCCAUGAGAAGCCGGGCCAGUACACAAUACACAGGGCCCAAAACUUCCACCCCCUCUUCCUCCUUCUCCUCUUUCUCCUCUUCUACCUCUACCUUGUCUUCUUCCACCACAGUGUUUUCCUCCACCCCAGUUGCGUUCUCUCCCCAAGCUUCUGCUCAACCCUCCACCAACACCGCCUUUUCACCAAGCUCUACUGUUGUCUCCUCUGUUUCCACUGCUAUUUCUACUUCUUCCUCCUCCUCUAUCUCUACCUCCUCCCUGGACAAACUAACAGAAUCUUUACUAAAAAAGUGGAAGCCAGAGCCAUCAGGAUCAAAUGUGUGCAAGAACAAGGAGCCUGAAGUGAGCCCCGACCGAAAAUCCCACUCUAAGGUCACACUUAUGCAGCUCCUCCUUGAGCGCAGAAAUAAUGAGAUGGUUAAUAAAAGCAUAGGUAACCAGGAUUUGCCACUUGAUAUAACUAUGGCCACCAUGUCUCGAGAACAACCAAAGGGACUCGUGCCCUGGGAGGAGACCAGAACAGAAAGCCCCAUAAAUAGACCGGUAGCCCCAGCUCAGCCCCUCUACUCACUUAGUCGUGACCCCAGUGGCGCUCUGUCCCCGUACUCCUACUCCUCCCCCCAUGUCCAGUCCAGCCCGUUGGAUUUGUGUAAGUCUAAAGCCUUCCCUGCUGAGAAGGCUUCAGAGCCUGCCUUCAGUGCCAGUAAACUUUUACAAAAUCUGGCUCAGUGUGGCACAGCUUCUUCCUCCCCACCCAUCCCAUCUAGCAAAGGGCUGGGUCAGGAGCUUGAUGCCAGUAGGCCCCUUGCCCUAUUGGAACGGCUCAAUGCCCCGAUCCACAGGACCACCACCACUCCACUCUCUGACAGGCCCUCCGGCAGUGGCACACCUUUCAGUCAGAAGGAAGCCUCUCCUUCAUCACAGAUUGAGAACCUUCUGGAGAGGCGCACCGUGCUACAGCUUCUCCUAGGAACAGGCUCAGCUACUGCUACAGUCAGCCGCAAAGACAGGCCCAGUGGCAGGAGGAGUGUGGAGGUUGCAGGGGGGUGCUAUGACAAGAGCCCCAGUGCCUCCAUUGUCUGUGACAGCUCCAAUGGGCCCCCAUUGGACGUAAAGGUAAAAACUGAGCUCACAGAGGAGGUGGGUCAGUCCUCGGCCAUGUCUGAGGACUCGAGUGGCAGAAAGAGACAUAGUGGCUAUGAGAAGAAUAGCCCACUCUCAGAUUCUCAGCAGCACUUAAAAACAGAACCACAGCCUGCAGAGGUCAUAGCAAAAUAUGGCCUUCUCAGCCAGCUGCUUAAACAACAGACUGCUACCUACUAUACCAGUUCUGCCAUGCAGGCUGAGUCCCAGCCCAGACAGGUUAAAGAGGAACAGAGCGAGUGUCCGAGCCCCAGUCCUAAGAAGAGACGCCUCUGCUCUGAUCGGACUGACAGUUUGCAUAAUACCAGCUCUCCAAGAGCAGUGGACAGUGGCGACAUGAACAUUUUUGCAUCUUCUGCUGUUCAGGAAGAGCCUGAAUGGCCUAGGAAUGUGAAGGAAGAGGACGCUCCGCCACGGAGCCCACCAAGUGAAACCCUCACCAGAGAGAGCCGGGGCUUCAAUGUGCUCAAGCAGCUGCUGCUCUCUGACAACUGCCUGAAGGAGCUGUCCCAGCAGCCCCGGGGGACGCCCAAUCCUUCCGUCCUGCAGGCCAAUGGCAAGGCCAACGGCAGCAUUCUCAGUCAGCCUGCCCAUAAUCACAGCUUCCUCCACCUGCCCGGCUGGCAACCCCGUGGUUCCCUAAACUCAGGGCUUCCGAGUAAUCUCAGACCACUGCCCACCCCCCCUGCAGGCGACAGUCCAAUCCGCAGCCCCUGGAGUCGCCACCCAGCUCCGUGGCCAGUCACUCAAAAACGAGACCCCCCUACUCUGGUCAAACAGGAGCCCGAGAGCCCUGUGAGAUGGAGUAGUCAGGAGAAUGAGGAGGAGGAGGGCUGUGACUCAAACCUGGACUCUCCACGGCUCUCGCGCUCCAACCCCAUCCUGUAUUACAUGUUGCAGAAGGGCAGCAUUCAGUUGAGAAAGGAGGUGCGGGAGCAGGCAGAGGGAACCCAGUCUGUGGUCAGAGUUAAAGAAGAGCCAAUCAGUGACAUGCAUGCUUAUGAACACAGUCUGAGCUCCAUCCCGCAAUCACCGAAAAACAAUGACAAGCACAGCCAUGAGAGCCAGGGGCUGAGCCAUUCGUAUGAGUAGAAGUUGUAUCAACUACCGAAAAAUACAAAGUGGAAUCAAAUUCAUUGACUUGCCACCCCCCCCCCCCCUUUUUUUUUUUUUUAAUGACUUGCCAAAUUGGUUUGAUGGGACAAAUAAUGCAACAUUUGUUUUAUUAUUGUUGUGGAAUAGGGCAAGUUCAUAUUCAGAAGCAUACUUGCAUUGGUUUUUCAAUUUUAAACAGUGAGGUCAUGGAAUGGUACAAAACAGAUUGAUUCAACCAGAACUACACAACUGUCACAAAUGUAACCUUUCCCAUCAGUGAUUAUCACGCACUACAUAUUUAAUUUAGUUAACUAUGAAGUCCUCCUUUACAAUUUGGUCUUACACUUAUUAUUUGUAUCUGAAUUGUACACAUAUCACUAUUCCAUGUCCCCUUUGUUGCCUGCCAUAAAACAUUUAGAAAGAACAUUUCAGGCAACAUUCAUUAUUGAUGACUCCGAAAAUGUUAGUGCUCACUUCAGUGGACAUUUAUUUAUUUUCUCCAUCAGAACAUUUUCAGAUAGACAGAGUCCCAUCAAUUUUAGAUAAGAUUCCCAGAAAAAGUCAUUCUAGCGCAGACACGGCGGUCUAUUACAACAAUGUACAUGAUAAAUGUAUUCAAAGGAGGACCUGAAAAAACAAUAUUCACACUGCAAUAGCUUCAGUGAGGAUCCUACCAUGAUGAAUGCUUUGUCUUGCCUUUCCUCACGAUGCAGAGAGGGGGAUAACUACCAAUGGAAGGAGAGUGUAUCAAUGGAGGUUUAAAUAGUCGCAAGUCAUUGAGUUAUGCUUUUAUUUGGAUUGAACUUUUCAGAGGAAAUAUUCGACAGUGCAAAUUCAGGGUGACAUGUUUGCGGAUUGUGCCGUUUAGAGCAGAUGGGUCAACAGCGUGCGUGCUGCGUACAGUUGAGCAACUGUGUGUAAACAGGUUUCUAGAGCAACAGUUAAAAGGCUGCAGUGUCUGAGAAACGUGUCUUAACAUCCUGGGUAAACUCGCACCAAUUUUUUUUCAUGCACACAACACAAAAACAGUGUGAAGCACAUGGCUUUUUUAUUUUUUCAUUUCAUAUAAGGAGCACCUUGAGUUUGCACUGCCGAAGCUGAGUCCUCGGUGUCCUCUUCAGGAUAAUUUAAUGGCAUGUAAUUAAAAAAGUUUUUAAAAAAGUCAGUGUUAUCUGUUGAGAAUUUGACAGUUUGUGAUUCUUCUUAUUUUUUUUAUUUUUAUUUUUUUUCAUAAUUUCUUAACUGUUGUGGUUUAUGGACAUGUUUUAUUUUUGUCUGCAGUCUCUUAACUCAUAAAAUGUCAAAAGAAUUGCAUGAUAAUUAAGAGAAGACCACAGGUACAUCUUUGUUUUCAAAGCAGCUGGAAAUAUGUACUUGACCCCCCACCCCACCCCCCACCCCCCUUCCCAAUAAUCACCAAGACAUGUUGGUGUCUCGAGGGAUAUCUGGUAUCUAGCUCCUUUUUGAUUUUGAUUGUACGGUAUUCUCUUCAGUUAAUGUCACACACUGCUUUAUCCAUUUAGUCUUGUGAUCUUUUUAAUACAUAUACCUAUGAAGUAUGUCUCUUCGAUUAUUAAUACAUUUUCACAAUGGUUAAAUAUAUUUGUGUAAAUAGUACUUUCAGUAUGAAAGAUGACUAUUUUGUAAUGUUUAAGAAAAAGAUAUUACCCUAGUUUUUAAUGCCCUGAUAUGUAAAUAUGAAUUAUAUGCGUACAAGUGUACAUACAAAGGCAGAGGAUGCUAUGCCCAUCUUUUUCGGUUGGUUUGUUCUUUGCAUGUGUCUCUAUGUGGUAAAUGAUAAUCUAUCCUGCGCUGUGUUGUGUAAUAAUGUCUGACUCUCCUCACUGCUGCCUGUUGCAUGCAGACGCAUGGGAACUACCUGUGUAUCCCUACCGGUGAUGGGGGAAAAUGUCAAGUCUUAAAAUAGGUCUUUUUUUAUCACAGAGAGAGAGAGAAAGAGAGAGGUUCGUUUAGAAUAUGAACAGUCCUUAAAUAACCACAGACCGUCGAGCAAGUUGAUUUAAAGAUGUGUGAAAAAUAAA